AUUUUAAAAACGCCCGUUUUUCAAUCGAUCGAACCUUUUCUUUUUACCUUUUUCUCACCUAAAGAAAACAUGUCUUCAUCAUGGUUAGCUCGCUCCCUAGCAAACUCUCUCCGACUCGACGAGGACGACGACACCGACGACGAUCCCAACGACGACGAAUAUAACGAUGUCGUUUUGAAUGACCAGUGUGGUGAACCGUCUACAUCUUCACCUACCGAACCCGACCUUCUUCAAUUUCAACGACAACACAAUGGAAUUGAAUCAGAGACCGAGGAGGAGGAGGGGGAAGAAGAAGAAGAAGAAGAUGUUCAGAAUCGAGGUGUCAAAGAGGACCUUUCCGAAUUCAAACAAGCCCUGACCCGGCAAUUUUGGGGGGUUGCCUCGUUCCUCGCGCCACCCCCAUCACAACCGUCCACCCCCUCCAAUCGAUCGCUCCCCAAUUGGGAUCGAUCUGAACCGUCGAGUCGACCGGAUCCGGUUCCGGUUUCAGCUUGGAAGGAAGAGGAGGACGACGACGACGAAGGAGAAGAAGAGUUGUAUAUGGAAGACUAUUUGGGAAUCACUGAUGAGGUAUUGGCUUUUGCAAGAAAUAUCGCGAUGCAUCCGGAGACGUGGUUGGACUUUCCUCUGGAUGAGGAGGAAGAGUUAGAUGAUUUUGACAUGUCCAAUGCUCAACAAGAACAUGCAUUGGUCAUCGAACGUCUUGCUCCUAGAUUAGCCGCUUUGAGAAUUGAGCUUUGCCCCUGCCAUAUGAGUGAGAGUUACUUUUGGAAAGUUUACUUUGUUCUUCUGCAUUCAAGACUCAAUAAGAAAGACGCAGAAACCUUGUCUACACCCCAGUUAAUGGAAGCCAGAGCAAAGUGGAUGCAGGAACUACAAAAUCAUACUACGUCAGAUUCAGAAUUGUAUGGUAGAAGCACUUCGUGUUUAAAAGAAAGUGCUGUUUUCCUACAUGAAGAUCUUGCCUCUAUAUCAUCCUUUGGUGCUCAUUGCGAAGACAAACUCAUUGAGACAUCUCCUUCACGAUCAACCAUGUUCUCCACUCCAACAGUCUUCGAGACUGAGAAGUACCCACUUGAAAGUUCUGAGUUGCAUUUUGUUGACAAGUCUGUCAUUGAAGAGAAGCCUGUGGUUAAAACCGAGGAUAAAAAUUUGACAGUUGGUCCCUCCUCUAACAUACUUGUUAAGAACCAUGAAGACAAUGAAGAUGAUUGGCUAGAGGAUGAUUUUGAAUUUAAUGAGUAUAGUAGAACAUCUAUUUCUAUAGGAAAUGAAGAGGACAUAUCAUUCAGUGAUCUUGAGGAUGAUGAUUUUCAAGCUCCCACAUGGUUAAAAUGUUGUCCCAAAGGAUUAUGAAAAGUCAACGAAAGAUAACUGUUGAUAGAUUUUGCAUGGGGUGGCCAUACUCAUUGGAGAAAAGUACUGGAUGUUAUCUUCAGGGGCAAAGACUUUUCUGGCUUCCGAAUUGUUCUACACUGGGUUAGUGUUGUGUUGUGUCUUGAAAACUUGUUGUACAUGAUGUGAUUGGUUUGAAUUGAUUGAUUAGUUAUUAUAGGCGUGUAAUUACGACAAUUUUACUAAUUUGGGGAAAGGAAAAACAAGUUUGCCCCAUUAAUAAUGUGUAUACCUUCAAAGCAAUAAAACAAUUUUGCAUUUUUUUUGCUCUAUA